AUGGCGAGUCGACUGUUCAACCCGCCAAAACUGGCAAAGCUCAAGGAGCUGACGAAAUUACAAUGCAACAUAUUCAGAACCACAUACAAUCCUGAGCGUCUGAGAACGGAAGCACAGGUUUUGAGAAAACCACUUAAAGGUCAAAUAAUAUCGAAUUACUACGGACCUGCCGAUUUCCCAACCGUGUUCCAGAUAUUCAAACUUUGGCGCGUGGAUGACUUUAGACUCGUGAACGAAGACGAAGAUUACAGACAGAGAAGGGUGACAAUGUUGAGGAAGAGAGGAAAAGGUGCUCCAAAGAAGCUGAAGGCUCCAGUUGAAGCCCCAACGAAGAAACGGAAAUAA